AAAGGAUAAUUACAGUUUAUUACAACUUGGAUUUUAUUUUUGCAGUUUGGACCAUCAGUUCUAUCUGUUAUAACUAUCUGUACUCACUAAAGUACUUGCCGAGACUAGGGAAACAUUGAUACAAAAAAGUCUGACAGAGCAAGAAACACGAGUGGUCGGGUGAUCAGAUAUGUUGACAACAAGCCAGCAUUGCUCAGGAAACUGCACGUCAAGGGUAGGAGGUUGAUCAGUUUCAUCAAUGUGCGUUCAAUGGACAGACUGGGCUGGUGGUGAAUGGACGUGGCUAUCUUCAUCUCAGAAAGGACGAAUACACCUUCUGGUAACUCCAAGAUGUGAGGUGUGGUGGCUUUGGAAUACUUGGAAGACAUCUUUGAAGGAGUUGAGCUAAGUAAUGAAAAAGGGUUGUUCUGUCGUCAGUGCGAGCUCAUGCUAGUGAUGGACUACAGCCGGACGGACGCUAACCUUAGCUGGCACUCACAAAACAGCAUUCCUCCUUACUGAGACCAGCUCCACAGAAUGCUGAGUCCUAUUGUCCCAUAUAGCCUGUUAAAGAUGCACUGGAACCCAGAGCAUGCCCAGCCUCUCAGCCAGUGGCCUGAGCAGCACCUGGACGUCUCCUCCACCACCUCCUCUCCUGCCCACAAGUCAGAAUUCUACGCUGGCCGCGGCCGCAGCUCCAGCAACUACGCCUGGGCCAACGACGACAUCUCUGCUCUCACAGCCUCCAACCUGCUGAAGCGCUAUGCUGAGAAGUAUGCUGGUGUGCUGGACUCACCAUAUGACCGGCCACCUACUGUGGGCUCCUACCCAGAACCAGGGGCGUUUGGGGGCCUCAGCGUCCCAAAGACUGAGCUGGAGCCCUGGCCAAUGUCGCACAGCACUGAUGCCUCCUAUUCCCUGGUGCCUCCUGGAGGCCAUGACAGCCUCUCAGGUUCCAAGGCUGUAGCCACAUCUGCAGGCCCUCCAGGGGUUGGUAGUGUGUCGGUGGUGAACAGUAACCUCUCAGACUCUGGUUACAGUGGCAGCAGCUCCUGCAGUGGCUCCAGCGAGUACCCAUCGAGCUACAAUGGCACCUAUCUUUCCUCAGGGUACUGUCCCCAAACCAGUGCAGCACUUCCCCCUGCCUCUCUCCACACUCUUCAAUCCACCCCCACUCUGGUGGCCAGCUAUAGCCCUACCACACCUGUCUAUAACUACCCCCCAAGCACAUACCCUCCCCAGAACAGCCUUGGCCCCACCUACAGCCACCCCUCUGCAACUUACCUGCCCUCAGGUCUACCAGCCCCUACUCCUGUUCCCUCGAGGCCCACAGUGGUAGGAGGCAGCUAUAGUUACCAGAGCACCAACCUUGGGACAUCUGAGUCUGGAGGGACAUUAAAACGAAAAGCAUUCGAAAUGAGUGUAGAAGAGGAUGAGAGCGGGGAUGGGUCUCGUUACAGGAAAUAUAGCUAUGACUCCUUAAAGGCUGGGGGAAACUCACCCUACAGUGUGAAUGACAAAACAGAGUGCCGGGGAAAUGGCUUUAGCAGUUCAGGCAGCACAGACCCUCAAACCUUCAAGCCCAGCAAGCCCUCCUCCCAGCCCCUGGUGUCUCCUCAGUAUGGGGCAGCAGGGGAGUACAGCCCUCCAGCAGGCAUGACAGGGGAGAAUGGUGUGGCGGAGCAGGGCUUCAUCCAACAGCAGCAGCAUCGCUCCCAGGCCCACAAGCGCUCUCCAUUGUGUGCCCCGACUGAAAUUAUGAAGAGCCCAGACCCCCGACUGUUGGACCUUGUCAGUGGGGAGUUACUGGACUGCAGCCCGGCGCUGGGCUGGGGUGAGCUGGCUGGGCUCACCCAUGUCAAGACUGCCCUGGAAGAGGACCUUCUGUGGCCUGUGUUGAGGCCCAGUCCAGUGGUGCGGCCCCCAAGAACCGUCCUGCUGUUUGGACCCCGGGGAGGGGGUAAGACGACGUUGACUCGUUCUUUGGCUUCACAGCUUGGGGCUUCCUUCUAUCGGCUGAGUGGAGCCAUGCUGGCCUCUAAAGGGAAGGCUGAGGCAGAGCACAUUCUGGGGUGUCUUUUGCAAGUAGCAGGGGCACGGCAGCCCUCCGUGGUGCUGCUUAGCCAGGUGGAGGCCAUGGAAGAGGAGGGGCUGAGGCAGACACUGCUGACCACCCUGGAGAAAGCCCAGGUGGGGACCCCAGGUCUGGUGAUCCUUGUAUGUGCCACUGGCAGACCAGAUCUGCUGCAAGAUGCAGUUCAUCGGAGCUUUGCCAAGCGGUAUCACGUUGGCCUGCCAGAUGUGGGUAUGCGCAGGCAGGUGCUGCUGCAGACCCUGUCGCCCCAAGGCUGCAGCCUGAGUGAGAGGGAGCUGAGCGCCGUGCUGCAGCGCACAGAGGGCUUUUCAGUGUGGGAGCUGCUUCAGCUCAGCCAGCAGGCACUCUCCUCAGCAUCCUCCCCCACUGGGGCCAUGCAUGGCCACCCCACAUCCUCCAAACCCCCAGCCUUCACAGACUUUGAGAAUGCCUUCUGCAAGGUGCGCCCACACACCACCACAAAAGAACUGGACACUUGUAUAGAGUGGAGCAAGAUGUAUAACCACUGAGAAAGCAGCCAGUCACUGUACUCGGACUGCAUUACGACCCUGUCUCUGCUUUGACAUGGCAAGCCUUGGGAAUGUUUUGUUGUUGUUUUGUAUUUACAGAUUAUGCAGCCAAAAGAGCCAGAGAAGCUCAACAAUACGGGAGAGCUGACAAAGUUGUUUUACUGGCAGAAGCAUGCCAUGGUGUGCUGUUUUUGUUUCCGUAUGAAUAUCCGCAAUAUUUUAUUUUUCCCAAAGAAAAGAAAGAUAAAUAGGCCUUGUUGAGUGGGGUAGUGUAUUAGUCUUUUGGCCAAUGGGAAAAUCAGAUUAUAUACUAUUUGGAUACUCUCAGAGAUCCUGAUUAGCCUUGGUCCAGGACAAAAUCAAUUAUUUGUUGCUAGGUGACGUGGUCCAAGAUUAUGGAUAAUCAGGGUUUGGAAAAUCCCCCCUUUGACUGCUACUCUCAGGAUCCUAUUUAUUGCCAGUCCACUUCCAUGUUAUCCUAAUGUUGAUUUAGUCACUGGAUUGUCACUAAUUAUUCAGUACGAAGGGCUUGGGAUCAGCAACAUUUCACCAAACAACAGUUUUUGACCAAAAACACGUCAAACCAAAUGCUAGAAGAAGACUGCUCCUCAAAAUCACAGUUAAAGAAUCCUUCUCGAAAGCUUCUCACCAAAUUAAAACAGUCCUUAUUGUUCCAAAAAGAAAGAAAAUCAGAUGAUCUUUUAUUAAAUCCAGACAUGCAGCUGUCCUUCCCAAGAGUUAAGUUGCAGUUACACUAUGUUUGGUUGUAGAAAUACUUCACAUGUAUUUUAGAUUUAAGUCACCAAUAGUAUUAUAAUCACACUUAAAAUGGUACAAUUCACGGACAACUUAUUAUUUUAUUAUUUUUUGGGUUGUUGUCCUUAACUUCCACAUACAUUUGUUCUCAACCUCACAUUCCUCAUUGUCUGCAGUUUUCCUGAGAAUCCCACCUAACAGAACAAAACGUACCCACCUGCACACCCAGCUUCUCUGUUUUCUAUUUCACUUACUCCUUUUGUUUUCUUAGUAUGUAGUCUUGUUUGAAAUGCUCAGGAAGAAUUUCUUUACCUCAGAAAUAUGAAAUUAAAGAAUGUAUGUAAUCUUAGGGUCUUAGUAGAGAGUGGCGCGGAGUGUGAUAAAGGAGCGAGGAGAAACCUGACAGUCUUGUAACACCCACUACAGCUGGGCUUUUACCUCGGGAGAGAAACUUGAAUAUGCUACAAAGAGUAACAUUGAAUGUAAUUCAGGUAUUUCAAAGGAUAUUUGAUGCCAUAAAUCCAUGUAUUAUUAUAUAUGAAUAUAUAAAUACGUUUUCUUUUCUGUUCUUUUACCCUUUAUUUUUAUUGUAGUUUAUGGUGGAGUGAUGAUUGUCUUCAAGAAAUGCUAUGUAGAAUACAGAAAAUAUUCCUUUUUUUGUUGGACAAACUGUUUGCAAAUAUCCGUGUUAUUUAGUGUUUACAUAUUCUGUAUAUGCAUGUCUGCAAAAUGUCAUUUAAAAAUGUAAAUAUAAUGCACACAAUCAUACAGAGCACAAAAUACCUUCCAAAACUACCACAAACAAAAACACAGAUCAAAUAAAAAAAACCAAUUAAAGUCGUUAUAUGUAGCUUUCAGCAAAUCCCAAAGUCUAAAAAUUUGCAGUUAAUGUGUACAUAUUGUGGAUGAACCCAACAUGUAGACAAUCCAGAAAAUAAAUGUCUCCUUUUUCCACCAGUCCUAUAGUUCUGUUUUAAGAAGCUGGAAAAACCCGGUCACUGGACCGCAGGUACAGAGGUCGUACGUAUUAGACUGUUGCCAUGGUCCUGAAGAGGUACACACAGGAUGAUGUAAUAUUUCCUACCGCCCAUUCCUCCCUCUGUCUCCCCCUCCCUCCGUCCCUCAUCAUUAUUUUUCUCUUUUUCUCUCUCCCUAGUGCAAUCUCAUUAGAUUGGCUUGCCCCCUGGCCACGAGCGCCAGUGGCCAUGUGGCGUUGUAUCCUCUCCCCAACCCCAGCCCCCCCUCGCCCUUCCCUUAUACCGAUUCCUCUGGAGUGGAAGUGGUCUGAUUGAUGUCCAGCAACUCUAUAUCACAGUGCAGCCGUCCCUCUCCAGCUGGUGGCUUCAGUCAUGCCAUACAGCCAGAUCAAUCAGAGUGACCCCCACUGUGCAUACUGAUCACUGUCUCAGAAACUGAAAACACAUUUAUAAAUUACAGAACAACCGCUGCCUCGAGCGGCACGGUCCAGAUAAUGCUAGCGAUUAUUCACAGGUAAUUACAGAAAUGAAUAAAUAGCUACAACAUUUUGAUUUGCUCUUCCCACUGCUCCCAAAAGUUUGUCCAACAAAACAAGCUUUUAUUUUUUACAUGUUUUGAUCUGUUAUUGCGGUAACUUUGUUCUUGGUUAUUGUACAUUUUCUGUAACCAUUUCUACCUCAUUUUUGCGGCAUAUUGUACAUGAAAGUAUUUAUUUCAUGUCUUUUUUGAUGUCUGUUUUAAAAAUGAUUAUAAUGUUCUUGAACUGUAAUGGUCUACCUCAGAAAAGACUGUAUUUUAAGAGAAGAGUAUCACACAAUAUUAAACAGAAUUUGUCAAUAUUGCA